CUCCCCCAACGCUUACUUUCCCAUGAUAUUACUUAUACAACUGAUAAAGAACCCUGCCUACUCUGCUAAUUAUCAUCAUGCUGGCGGCUCUCCUCCUUGCAGGCGCAGAACCGCUGCCUCUUCGAGAAGCAUUGUCUGGGAUUAUGGGAUCCAUUUCACUAGUGUCAUGGAUCUUUCUUUUGAUACCACAAGUUACCGAAAAUUACAGGGAUGGCAGCGCUGAAGGAGUUUCUGUUGCGUUUAUUACCAUAUGGAUACUUGGAGAUAUUGCCAAUUUAAUCGGCGCCCUAUGGGGACGUUUGCUUUCCACCGUGAUCGCUCUGGCAAUUUAUUUCUGCGUGUCAGAUGUGAUUCUGCUUUCUCAGACAAUCUACUACAAUCAUGUCACCGAUGCUCUCGCUGCUAGACGUGAGCGUGCACCAUGUUCCACUCCUGCGGAUCUUCAUAGCCCAACUCAACCACUGCUCGCUCGCCCCCGUCGUAAGAGCUCGGGUGCUAAGUCACGUCAUCGGAGGUCUAGCUCACGACGCCCGGCCUCGCUAUCGGCCAUUCUUCGGAGAGAAACGAGUGCCAGUAUGACCAUUUUGAGAAAUAUACUGGUCAUCUCAAGCAUCUGUUUUGCGGGGACAUUGGGUUGGUUCGUCGCCUGGAGGAGCGGCGCGUGGUCUACAACUGAGAAGAAUGACGACAACCGGGAAAUGCCAGGAGGUGCUGAGAUGCUAGGAUACUUAGGUGCUUUACUAUAUCUCGGGCAAGUCGCCCGAAUUCCCCAGAUAAUUAGAAAUCACCACAACAAAUCAUGUGGCGGACUCUCGUUGCUAUUUUUCUUGUUAUCUCUCCUUGGAAAUCUUACUUAUGGGGCAGGGAUAUUAUGCCAUUCUAGCGACCGUACAUACAUAAAGGACAACCUUCCGUGGCUGAUUGGGAGUUUAGGAACAAUGUCCCAAGACGUCAUUAUUUUCAUACAGUUUCAUAUCUAUUCCAGAAAUUCCAUGGAAACUACCCAAGUCUGUUCUGCGGCAAUAUAUGAUGAAAACUGAUUAUAGGGAUGUUCUAAUGCUGGAUCCUAUUAAGAACCUUGAUAUUCCUACCACAUUCAUUUCGGCAUCCCGUUUGUUACUCUUUUUUGGCUACCCACCACUGUACCAGCAUUUAUCCAUCCAUGUAUCAUUAAAGAGGAAUAAGAGAAAAGGAAAAAGAGAAAGAAAAAGAACUA